AUGGGCCAGGGUACGGAUACAUGCACGGACAGACCCGCCGAAGUGAGCGUCAUCAGAUUCGUCUCGAGGAAUCGUACCAUCGAGGAAAUAGCCCCGAAGAAGGAAAUAUAUACUUGCAAACAACGAGGCUGUGGCAAAACAUUUACUAACCAAGAUGAAUACAAAACGCAUGAAGCUCUCGAGGCUUUAAAGAUUAGGUUCAUUUGUCGAGAACCGGGAUGUGGAGAAGAACUGUCUGACCCUGGAAGCAUGUGGCGCCAUUAUCAAGAAUGGCACAAUAAUGAAACAAAUGUAUUUAUAUGCCCAUAUACAAAUUGCGGUUCUUUGCAUACAACCAGUAUUAAUCUAGAGGAACAUAUCGAAAACUGCCAUAGACAACCGCCAGCAUUGCCAACGGAGCCGGAAGUAAUAUGCUUCGAAGAUCCUGAGAAUGCAAUGGACGAGGAAGUUGUACAAAGCGCAGAUGAAUGUUACGAGAAGAGAGCGAAUGAAUCUCUUGCGAUAAAAGUAUGCCAAUACGAUGAUAAUAACGAACAAAAUCUUCUCAGAAACGAUAAUGCACAACAAAAGAACGAGGUGGUCCACGAUCAGGGUAACGCGAACGAUAGCCCAAAAGAAGAUUACUCUUCCGUUAGUGAAUCUUUGAACGAUGCCGGCACAUUUUCUAUAAACGAAAGUUUAAUUCUAAAUACAGAGAAUUUUCUGUCUAAGUACGAGAGUAACACCAACAAAUGUUCAGAACUUCAAAAUGAACAUUCCCAGGAAAAGACUAAUGUAGUUUACGUAAACGGUGAUAUUACCAUUACUAAGAAUAUGAAAAAUGAAAUCUGCAGUAUGAACGCGAGAAAUCAGGAGCACAGAAUUGAGCUAGAUAAUCUAGAGAAAAUUUUUAGAAACGAGCUCGACCGCGAUGUUUCAAAAACCGACGAAAAUACGGUGGAAACGAACAGCAAUUGUUCAGACGACGAGGAAUAUACCCCAAAGAAACAACGUAUGUCUAGGUACAAACAAGAAAUUUACAAAUGCGCAGUUAACGGCUGUGGGAGAAAAUACAAGUACAUAUCCCAUUAUCGUCAUCACCAAGAUAGUCACAAACUAGCAGCCAAUACAAUUAGUUCGAAUUCUAAUAAAUCGAUACUGAAAUUAAAACAAGGGAAAGCUUCAACCGUCAGUUUCUUCUUAUGCAAGAUUCCUGGUUGUGGAGCUCAGGUGAGCAAUGUGACCGGUCUGUGGAAACAUUACCAGGACAAUCAUGCUAAUUCAAAACUGCCACUAGUACAAGGGACUAAAAAUAGUGAGGUAUUUCGUUGCAAAAUUCCUGGAUGUGAAACAGAGUUUAGUACAACAGUAAUGCUCUACAAGCACUUUACCGAAGUGCAUUCAAACGGCACUGGUAAUAAUGCUAGCACAAAUACAAAGACUGGGAAUGGGAGUAGUUUUCAUUAUACUGAAAUAUUUAAAGAUGAUACUACUAACCCGCAAGCAAAUUUUAAGACUGACUUUAAAGCAAAGAACAAUAUUAAUGUAAAUGACUGUACAAUAAGUACUGAUGAUCAAAGAUCGUCGUCGGUUGUUAAGAAGGAAGCGCGGGAUUGA